AUGCCUCCAAAAAAUAAGAAGCAAAAGGAAAUAGUUCAAGAUGAACGUUUCCAAGCGAUUGUGCUUACCGAUUCGUUCGAAACAAGAUUUAUGCCAUUAACAUCGAUCAAACCAAGAUGUUUAUUACCUCUUGCAAACGUACCAUUGAUAGAAUAUACCCUUGAGUUUUUGGCCAAGGCUGGAGUCAAUGAAGUAUUCUUGAUGUGUUCUUCUCAUGCAGACCAAAUUCUGGAUUAUAUUGACAAAUCAAAAUGGUCAUCGAAGAACUCACCUUUCAAAGUUACAUCCAUUAUGUCUUUAGAAUCAAGGUCUGUUGGUGAUUCUAUGCGUGACUUGGAUAACAGAGGUCUUAUUACCGGUGACUUUCUUCUUGUAUCGGGUGAUGUAGUCACCAAUAUUGAUUUUGCCAAGGCAAUGUCUGUACAUAAAACCAAAAGACUGUUAGAUAAAGAUCAUAUUGUUACAAUGGUUCUUACUCCAGCAUCUCCACUUCAUAGAACCAGAUCAUAUGCAGACCCUGCUACCUUCAUUUUGGAUACGAAAACCAACAGAUGUUUAUAUUAUCAAAAUAUUCCACCAGUAGAUGGCAAAAAGACUGGAAUUAGUAUUGAUCCAGAGUUAUUGGAAGAUUUGGAAGAUGAAAUGUUGAUUAGAAAUGAUUUGAUUGAUUGUCAUGUUGAUAUUUGUUCUCCACAUGUACCACAAAUUUUCCAAGAAAAUUUUGAUUAUCAAUAUUUACGUAGUGACUUUGUUAAAGGUGUUUUAACUUCAGAUUUACUUAAGAAAACUAUCUAUGCUUAUAUCAUUGAAAGUGAUGAAUAUGCUGCGAGAGUUGAAUCUUGGGCCACUUAUGAUGCUAUUUCUCAAGAUAUUUUAGCCAGAUGGUGUUAUCCAUUAGUUCCAGAUUCAAACUUACUCGAUUCACAAUCAUUCAAAUAUGAGUUCAAUCACAUUUAUAAAGAAGAUAAGGUUGUUCUUGCUCAAUCUUGUAAGAUUGGUACUUGUACCUCUAUCGGUGCAGAGACAAACGUUGGAGAAGGAAGUAGUAUUAAAAAAUCUGUCAUUGGAAGAAAUUGUGUGAUUGGUGAAAAUGUCCGUAUUACCAAUUCUUACAUUUGGGAUAAUGUUACUAUCGGUGACAACAUUGUGAUAGAUCACGCAAUUGUAGCCAGUAAUGCUAAGAUUGGAACUGGCGCUAAGAUCAAUGCAGGUGCCGUAAUUGGAUUCAAUGUUGAAAUCGGUGAAAAUAAAGUCAUUGCUUACAAUACUAGAAUUGUUGAAAUGCCUAUUGAAAAAGAUGGUGACGACUUCAACAAUAGUUCUUCAUUUGAAUCAAGUGAUGAUGAAGAUGAUCAAGAUGGGGAAUUCAAGGAAGAUCAAGAUGUAGAGAGGGUUGUUCCAUCCUUUGAAGUCAAAGAUAUUGAUUUGGUUGGAGAAGAUGGAAUUGGAUUUUUGUAUAAUUCUGAAAAUGAAUUUGAUGAUGAUUCAGACUCUGAAUAUGGUGGAAGUUCCAAUCAAUACUCUGGUAUGAUUUAUCAAAUGAAAUCUCUCAACCUUUCUGAUGAUUCCAUUGCAUCUGCAACUAAUUACAAUAGAGCCAAGAAACAUGCUCGUCACACAUCCAAGAGCAGACGUUUAUCAUCUACAUCUGUGGUAUCCACUGAUUUUGAAGGUGCUUACUCUGAAGAAGAAGAAGAUGAUUUUGAAAAGGAAGCAGUGGCAACUGUAGAAAGAGCUAUGGAACAUAACCACGACAUAGACACUGCCUUGUUGGAAUUAAACACUUUGAGAAUGUCUAUCAAUGUCACUUAUCAUGAGGUUAGAAUGGCCACUACUCAAGCUUUACUUACCCGUGUUGUACACUUCAUAUCAACCGGUACUUUGGAUGUCAAAGAGGCUGUUAAUAAGAUUUUCAGAGCAUGGGGUGCAUUAUAUAAGAGGCAAGUUUUUGAACCGGAAGAAGAGGUUGAUUUACUUCAAAUUUUACAAAACAAAUGUUUAUUGUUAGACCCAAGUUACAAUUCAAAGAUUUUAUUCUUUGCUAUUAACAUUCUUUAUGAUGAAGAAGUAGUUGAUGAAGACAACAUUUACAUCUGGUGGGAUUCUGCUGCUUCUAGUGCUACUCAAGAACUUGAAUCCGUUAGAGAAUUGACUGGUAAAUGGAUUGAAUGGUUGAAGGAUGCUGAAGAAGAAAGUGACGAAGACAGUGAUUAG